GCGAGUUGCUGCGGAUCGAGCGUCAGUGAACGUCACACGUGAAGGCUCCUGUCACUUUAACGAAAGUUCAAUGUCCAAGAAACUGCGCGAGGAGCCAACAUGGAGCUGAAAGAGCUGAAAGAGCUGGCUGUGAACGCGGUAGCCCAGAAUAAGAAAGCCGCUCUCGCGGUCGGCGGAGCCGGCCUCGCUCUCCUGGGAUUCGGGCUCGGAUAUAAAUACCUGCGGAAGCCAGAAAAAGUUGUCCGUGUAGGCGUCGUGUCGCAGCUCCUCAUCCACCCUCUCAAGUCUGGCAAAGCGGUGUCGGUGGCGCUGGCGGAGUGCCAGAAAGCCGGAUUGAAGUUUGGAGAACUGCAGGACCGACACUGGCUGGUGGUGACGGAGGACGGCCACAUGGUGACGGGCCGACAGCAGCCCCGCCUGGUCUUGGUGUCUCUGACCUGCGAAGGCGGCCAUGUUUGUCUCAACAGCCCCAACAUGGAGGAGCUGCGCUUCCCCAUCGCGCAGCCCGACAACCCCGUCAGGAACUGCAGAGUGUUUGAAGCUGACGUCCAGGGACGAGAUUGCGGGGACGAAUCGUCUCGCUGGCUCACUCGUUUUCUGGGGGAGGAGAAAACCUUUCGCUUGGUGCACUUUGAGCCGCAGAUGAAGGCGAGGAGGCCGGCGGAGCAGUACCCUCUUUUCCCCCAGUGUGAGGUGGCCUACCCAGAUUUCGGACCCGUGAUGCUGCUGUCCGAGUCCUCUGUAAAGGAUCUCAGCAGCAAGUUAGAGAAGGAGGUCACGGUGGAGCGCUUCCGCCCAAGCAUUGUCAUAAGUGACUGUGAAGCAUUCGAUGAGGAUUCGUGGGAAGAGAUCCAGAUUGGCAGCGUGAGACUGCAGCGUAUAAUGUCAUGUGGACGAUGUGUUUUCACCACCGUUGACCCGGAAACGGGUGUAAUCACCAGAAAGGAGCCUCUGGACACACUGAAAAGCUAUCGUCUGUGCAAGCCAUCCGAGAAGCACAUCUACAAAGCGUCUCCGUUGUUUGGACAGCUGCACACGGUGAAGAAGACGGGCAUCCUGCAGGUCGGGGACGUGGUGUACAAGAUCAGCCGGUGAUGGAGGGAGUCAGAGAGGACAAGUAUUACCACAGUCACUGUAAAAUCACUGUGCUAGUCCACACUAAAGAAUACACUAACACUCAGUGUAUAUACACCAUAAAGGAAUAAAAGACUACAUUUGCAAACACAAAA